CUGUGCAAGAAACGAAGACUGGAUUGCACAUACCCUCCAUCAAGUGAAGCGGACAGCCAGCAUGCAUCCACGCCCCAGGAUAUGCCUGAUGUGUUUCCUGGUCCCGAAGGAGAACCGCAAUCAGACAGGAUGCUUGAGAUGAAACUAUUCCACCACUAUGUAACAGAGACAUACAUCACACUCUGUCAAGGCCGUCUAGAUGCUCACCACUUCCAAGUGGUUGUCCCACGGAUCGCGGUCUCUCAUGCCUUCUUGCUGGACAGCCUACUAGGAUUGUCUGCUCUUCAUCUAGCGUACCUGAACACUCACGAUAACCGUUCAUGGCUAGAAAUCGCACUCAAGUACCAGAACCGAGCAUGUUCAGCAUUCACUCGUGUACUCGCAGAAAUGACUCCCGAGAAUUGCGCACCAGCCUUCCUGUGCUCCAUCUUCAUUAUGCUCUGCGCAACAGCCUACCCGUGUGUUACCCAAGACAAACACACAUUCGAGCCUCUAUCCCAUGUUUUGGAGAUUCGACAGCUCAUAGCGGGCUGUGCGUUUCUUUUCGAACAGCUUAGUGGCAUGGAGUAUCGGGGCGAUCUCCAGGGGUGGCUGAAGUAUAAGGAUGACGAGUCUCUGCGGGAACUCAGUCAAGUAAUGCUAAUGACUACAAGUGCCAUCAUGGAGUCUCUGCAGCGGGUGCAAGACAAAUUCACCAGCCUUGGUGGGCCGAAUCAGACUACGUACCAAAAUACGUGGGAUAUUCUCCAUGAAGCCAUCAAACGAUGGCCGUUCGGCGGUCCAAACGGUGGCAUCAUUGCGUGGCCCAUUAACAUCAGCGAAGACUACAUUGCUCUGCUGAAAAGUGGAGACUGGGUGGGCCGCGUGCUAUUUCUACACUACGGGGUAGGAUUGCACCUUCUCUCCGACAAGUGGUUUGUCCGCGACUGGGGCCGGCGUCUUAUUGAAACAGUCCUGCAAUUGGAGGAAGACAUCCCCCCCAUUUGGACCGAAACCAUUACAUGGACAAAGGAGGCCAGCGCAGAUAGCGACAAUGAUGUGACACUAUCAGGUAGUCAAAAGUCAAAGCAAAGAUGUGAGGCGGGCAUCCACAAUCCCUCGCUGCUUAUCUCGGCCAGGGCUGUCCCCGAUAUGGCUGGGGUGAGGCUUUCCUUAUUUCUUAUUUCCCUGCGUUCGCUGGGGCAGGUUCUUCCCCCUCCCUUGUAUUUUCUUAGGACCUAUCAGCCAAGGAAAAGUUCGAGCCAAGAUGCGGAGAAGCAGCCACUUCUCGAAACCUGGGAGACCCCGGCUGAGCGAUCGCAGUGGACCUUGUUACAUGACAAGCGACCCAGCGCCUCAACUAUGUUUCGCCUUGCGAAAUUCACGAUAUUGUCGACGCUACUCCUAACCAUAAUAACAAUACAUCUGCCAGGUGUGCUCACCUCGCCUCUUGAAUUUGCGACUAGCCGGCUUGACCGAGCGAAUAAACUGGAGGAUGGGAAGCGCGGUGCAGUGGCGAGCGAAAGUGCUAUUUGCAGUCGACAUGGAACAGAUAUUAUAAAGAUGGGAGGAAAUGCAGCUGACGCGGUGAGAACGAUCCAGCCGAUCUUCUCAGAUGGUUGCAACAAUGCUCUGCGUUGGAACUGCAUGUACCAUAGUGGAAUCGGAGGAGGUGGAUUCAUGCUGGUCAAGACCCCUGAAGGCACCUUUGAGGCCAUCGAUUUCCGCGAAACUGCCCCAGCGGCCGCUUUCCAGGAUAUGUUUGAGAAUAAUACGAAGGCUUCCGUUAGCGGGGGCCUUGCAAGUGCCGUUCCUGGGGAACUGCGUGGUCUCGGGUAUCUUCACAGCAAGUAUGGCUCGCUCCCCUGGUCAACCGUUGUGCAGCCCGCCAUCCAAACCGCACGGGAGGGGUGGUCAGUGGGGCAUGAUUUGGUCCGCUAUAUGAACGCUGCUGUCGGGGAUGACGAAGACUUUCUGUCUCAGGACCCUACCUGGGCGCUCGACUUUGCUCCCAAUGGAACCAGGCUCGGUGUGGGUGAUACCAUUACGCGAAAACGUUAUGCAGCCACACUGGAGACCAUCGCAAAGGAGGGCCCCGAUGCCUUCUACUCUGGAUCAAUCGCGAAGACUAUGAUAGAUGCGGUACAGAAAGCUAACGGUACAAUGACGCUUGAGGACCUGGCCAAUUAUACGGUCGCUAUCCGUAACAUCUCAGAAAUUGACUAUCGCGGUUAUCGGAUUACUAGCACCCCAGCCCCUUCCAGUGGUAUCGUAGCUCUGAACGUUCUCAAAGUUCUGGGUACUUACGAUGACCUUUUCCGUCCGGAUAACUUGAACCUGAGUACUCAUCGAUUGGACGAAGCUAUACGGUUUGGAUAUGGAUUGAGGACUAAUCUAGGAGAUCCUUUCUUCCUUGAUGGCAUGGACACGUAUCAGGAAAUGAUGCUAGCGGAUUCCACUGUUGAAGAGAUUCGAAAGAAUAUAUCCGACCAGCAUACCCAGGCUGUGUCUGCCUACAAUCCGCAGGGAUAUGAGAGUCUUGAAACACCGGGUACUUCACAUAUUGCCGCCAUUGAUCACAGUGGGCUUGCCAUUUCCGCGAUCACGACCAUCAAUUUGCUUUUUGGCUCCAAAGUCAUGGUUCCUGAGACUGGUAUCAUAAUGAAUAAUGAGAUGGAUGACUUUUCUAUUCCUAAUUCGUCCAACUCUUUUGGCUAUAUCCCUUCUGAGGCAAACUUCAUACGACCCGGGAAACGCCCACUGUCCUCUUGUACUCCAGCCAUUGUCACCCACCCUAACGGAACAGUGUUCUUCGUCGCCGGCUCGGCAGGAGGUAGUCGGAUUAUCACUGCCACCAUCCAGAACAUUAUACAUGCCGUCGACGAAGGUCUUUCAGCGGCAGAAGCCUUGGCUCAGCCGCGCCUUCAUGAUCAACUGGUCCCGAAUCGUGUUACCUUUGAGUACGAUUAUGACAAUGAGACUGUGUCCUUCAUGGAGGCAAGAGGUCACAAUGUGACCUGGGUAGGUCCAGGGGAGAGCACGGCGCAGGCAAUUCGAGUUCUACCGAAUGGAACUUUCGAUGCUGCAGGGGAGCCUAGGCAGGCUGAUUCCGGAGGGUUUGCUGUUUGA